AAGGUAAAGUCUUCACUUGAAAUCAUCGAAGAGUAGGAGCCAUUUCUUGUAUUUUGCUUUUGGAUAAAAACAGAAUUCUAAAAAGAGAAGGAUUUAAUGCUCUUGCAAUAUGUGGAUUAUCAUCCUUUUCCAGGUACUUAUGAGAGCCUUAAGAGAUUUCAAUUUGCCUAAAAUAGUGACACAUUAUAUUCUAAUUUUCAUGGACCUGAUCAGUGACCUGUUUCCAGCUCUGGAUGUUCUGAGAAAGAAGAGCCUACGAUUUGAACAGAUUGUUAAACAAUCUACCCUGGAGCUUUACUUGCAGCCUGAAGAGAGCUUUAUUCUCAAAGCUGUUCAGCUGAAGGAACUACUGGCAGUGUGUUGCUCUGUGUGUGUUGUUGGAAAUACAUGGACCAGAAAGAAUGAGAUGCUGAAAGUUCUUCAUCACACAUACAUGAACAUGAAAGAAAAACCUGUGCAGAAUGACCUUAACCCAAAAGUUCCAUCAACUGAUGAACUGUUUGGUUUGAUACACCAUGCAACCCAAGAAUAGAAAGAUGGUCCUCUGUCAUCUCUUCUAAGAGAGCAAACUAAUAUUACCCAUGAGGGGCCUAAAUGAUGAGUUUUAUAUAGGUGUAUAGAUCCUAUGUGGACUGAGUCCACGACACUUAUGGAUUAUAACAAGGUUCUGACCUUUACAAUCAAUGAACAUGUCCCUGUGACUCUGUCAGUGUGGCUGUUAUUUGAGGUACACCUUUGAAGAACUGCAACCCCAGCUACAGUAGUGUCCAGAGCUGGUAUUUUUCAUCUGAACAUUCAGGACCUGGGGUGGGAUGAGUAUGUUGCCAGCUGGUUAGAAACAAGGAGAUACCAAUCUGAAAAAGCUUUGAUUAAUGUAGAUCUUGCCAGUUUGUACAUCAAGACGAGUGCCAAGAACAUGCCCACAGUGUUUUUGCUGACAGAUGCCCAGGUUUCAGAUGAACGCUUUCUUGUGCUGAUUGAUGACUUGCUGGCAUCAGCUUUGCUGGAUGCUGAGCUGGGCCUUGUUGCACAGCUGAGACACUUGAUUACAAACACAGACUCAGAAGCUGGAUCUGAGCAUCUCAGGGGAGCUGUGGGGCCCCUCGUAGAAGAUCUAAAAUCCAAACUUGCUUCUCAAGAGACAGAACUGCAACUGAGAAAUCAAGAUGCUGAAGGUUUGAUUGCUAAGACAGGGUUUCAGACUGAGAAAGUGAGCCUAGAAAGAGCCAUUGCAGACACUGAGGAGCAAAAGGUUAAUCUUACAGAAGCAAAAGCUUUCACCAAUCUACCAAUGGCUGUAAUUGGUGUUACUGCUGCAGUAACAGUUUUACAGCCAUAGAAAGUGCCCAAAGACCAAAGCUGGAAAGCCACAAAAGUCUUUAUGGGAAAGGUAAGCAACUUCUUACAAGAUUUAAUCAACUGUGGUAAGGAGCAUAUUCCUCUGAAUUGUCUGAAAGUCAAGGAGCAUUACUUGAAGGAUCCAGAUUUCAACCCAAAUUAUGUCCAUACAAAAUCCAUUGCAGCAGCUGGUCUCUGUGCCUGGGUACUGAUAUUGUAUCUCUUUUUCAAUGUGUAUUUGGAGCUAGAACCAAAAUAUUCUACAUUGGCCCAAGCAAAUGCUGGAUUAGCAGCAGCUACAGAAAAACUGGAAAUCGUCAGGAAAAAGCUUCUUGUUCUGAAUAGCAAUAUGAAUGUGCAUAAGCUCACAUCUUCACUUGAGAAAGUUGCAGAGAAAAUCCAAUGUCAAGAUGAUGUGAAACAAACCACCAGAAGUAUUGAAGUGGCCAACAGAUUAGUAAAGGGAUUUGAGUCUAAAAACAUACAUUGGACCCAGUCUGUUGAAACUCUCAAAGCACAAAACAAACCUUUAUGUAGUGACGGCUUAUUAAUAGCAGCAUUUGUGUUUGCAUCCUUCACAAAAUAGUAUCGCCAAGAACUGAUGGAACAUUUCUGGUUUCCUUUUCUAAAGUCACGAAAGGUUUCUGUUCUUGUGAUGAAGGGUCUGGACAUGACUGCCACGUUGACAGAUGAUGCUAUGAUUGCAGCAUUGAGUAACGAGCGGCUGCCCAGUGAUAGGAUGUGAGCAGAAAACGUCACUAUUCUAACAAACUGUAAGUGCUGCCCUCUGAUGAUAGAUCCCCAGCAACAGGGAAUUAAAUGGAUAAAGAAUAAAUAUGGAGCUGACCUUAAUGUUGUGCGUCGAGGACAGGAUGGUCACCCUCUCUACAAGCUGGAACUGCAGACUUAGACCAUCCUCAUUAAUUUCACUGUCACCAGGGAUGGGCUAGAAGACCAGCUGUUGGCUAAGAUUGUCAGUGCUGAAAGGCCAGACUUAGAAAAAUGUAAGUCCAUCCUGGCCAAGCAGCAGAAUAAUUUCAAGACUGAGCUCAGGUCACUGGAGGAUGGCAUGCUGCUCAGCUUGUCAGCUUCCCAAGGGAGCUUCUUAGACAACAGUGAACUUGUAGAGAAACUCAAAUCAACAAAGUCGACUGCAGCAGAAAUACAGCACAAGGAAGCUGAAGGCAGAGAAAAUGAAUCUCAGGUUAACGUGACAAGAGAGCACUACAGAUCAACAGCUGUAAGAGUGUCCAUUCUUUACUUUGUUAGUAGCAGCCUGCGCAGCUCGAACCCCAUCUACCAGUUUUCACUGAAGGUAAAAAUUUAUCAUCUUGCUGUAUUUGGUUUCAAACAGGCUGAAAAAUCAGGGGAUAUUCAGUGUCAUAUGUCUAACCUGAGAUAAGCUGUCACAUAUUCAGCCUUUCUUUUCACAAGCCAAGGACAUUUUUAAAAGGAUCAGCUCAGUUCCUUAGCCCAAACACCUUUUCAGGUGACAAAAAAUUUUCAGAUCAAUGAUGUUGAUAUUUACUGGCUUUGUUGUCUCUUCACUAGAAGCAGUGGUACUAGGAUGGAUCAUAAGGAAUGGAAAUCUGUACAGCAAGUGAAAAGUUGA